AUGGACAAUGAAUCAAACCAAUUUCAUGAUUUUACUAAAUCUAAUAUUCUUGUUAAUGAUGAUGUUGUACAAUCAUUUUCAUCAGCAACACAUAUUGAAACAUUUCACUCAAAUAAUAUAAUUCAGAAUGAUCAAUCAAUAGAUAUAGAUACUAAUAUAAUAAAAAAUAUAUCUAAUAAUGAUAUUGAAAUAAAACAAAUUGAGAGUAAUCAUCAAGUACAAGAAUAUACAUUUCAUAGUGAUAUAAAUCAAGAAAAAAUUCUUAUUGAUCAACAAAAUUUUUUCAUUGAAGAUCUUAUAAUAAAUAAAAAAUCUUUUGAUAUCAAUGAAUUUGAUUUAAUAAUUAAAAAUUUAAAUAAAAAAUUAAAAUAUUUAGAAUUAGAAUGUGAACGAACUCAACAAAUAACAAUACAUUUUCAAAAUCAAUUGAUUGCUAUAAAAAGUAUUGGUGAAAAAUUAAGUCUAUUUUGUAAUACUUGUCGAUCUCUCAUCAUUUUGGCAAUGAAUAUUCGUCAAAAUACAAAUAUUUUUACUUAUCAUGAAUUUGAAAUGUUAAUAUUGUAUGCACCAGAUUCAAAUUUAAUCACAACAAAUAUUGAUCAACAAUUAUCAAUAUUCGAUGAAAAUCUAAUAGAUAAUUAUAAACAUCGAUUAGAAUUUUCACGUUUAAUAAUGAAUUUAUUUAAACAAGCAACUAAAUUUCGACUUAAAAUAGCAACAUUAAAUGAUGUUUUAAUAAAAUCAGUUUUAUCUAAAAAUGAAUGUUUUAAUGAAAUCGAACAAUCAUUACGUUUACCAUCAAAUAUAUUUAAUAAAAAUCCUCUAUAUGAAAUAUUUCUUUAUGAAAUAACAACAACAACAAUUAAACAAGAUGUUUAUAUUCGUUGUAUUCGUGGACAAUUAAUACAAAAUGAUAUACAUAUUAUAUGUACAGAAAAUUCAAAACAUUUACUAUCACAAAUUAAUUAUAAUGCAAGUGAAAAAUAUUCACAUAUAUUUGAUAUUGAAUUUAAACGAGCAAUUACUUCUAUUGAUCAAUUAACAAUAGCAUUACCUUGUUUUUCUAUACCUUAUAAACUAAAAUCAACAAAUUCAUCACCUCGAUCAGAACAAUCACAACAACAAAUUUAUAUUCGAUGCAAACGUAUCAUGGAUCCAUUAAUUUAUAUUCCAGCAAUUAUAGAAACAUAUAAUGAUGUUUCUUAUGCUGUUUUUCGUAUUACACAAACAUUAAGUCCCAUUUCUGUAGAAGCUGUUCUUUUCUAUCCAUUCGAAAUUUUACAAGUUGUACAUGAUAAUUCAUGUUCUGUAUAUACAAGUGAACAUUCAUCAAUAUUUCGAAUUGAAACACCUAAAAAUUAUUUUAUUCGUCCACCACGAGUUCGUAUUAUACCGUUUAAUAAUGAAUUAAUUCGAUGUAUGACUGUUCUAAAAAGUGAAGAUCAAUUAUUAGCUUCUUCGGAUUUAAUUGAAUUUGAAUGGUAUAAAGAAAUAAAAAUAGAAGGAAUUAUAUCCAUAACUAUUCCAUUAACUCAAUAUUUUAAUUUAUUCAAUGAAAUUGAUGAUGAUCUACAAAAACGACGACGAAAAGCUCAACAAAAAAUUUUUAUACAACGUAAAAAAUUCGAACAAGAAAAAUAUGAUGAAGCUGGUGGUUCAUUAGCUACUACUCCAACAUCAAGUAAUAAGUUAGCAUCACCAACAAUUAUGUCACAUUUACCAAGUAUAGCAGCUGUUAUUGAACAAGUUAAAACAGAUAAUCAAGAUCAUCUUAUUAAACCAAGAUUUAAUAUUAAUCGUGAUGAUAAUUCACAAUUGAUAUCAUCAAAAAAAUCACUAUUCAAUUGGAAAUUAGAUGGAUUUCAAAAUGAAAAUGCUUCAAUUAUAUUACUUGGUUAUAAAAAUCGAAAAUGGAAAAAUUGUAAUAAUUUUGCUACGAUUACACGAACAAUUGAUAAAGAUAUUUAUAUAAUUACUUUAACAACAUUACUUGAUCGAAUUAUUCUUAUUCGUUGUUGGCCAGAAUCGAAUAAUGAAGGAAAAUUUGAUAAAUUAGCAGAAAAUCUUUGGUCAUUGACAUCAGCUAAAUUAUUUUCUUGUGUUUUAGCACGAGAUCCAUCAUAUGUUAAUUCAUUUGGUCAUUAUGCUCUUAUGAUUGUACCAGUACAAGCACAACGAUUAGCCGAAGAAACUCUUUACAAACGAAAUUAUACAGAAUAUAUAUUUGAUGAACAAUUUAUCUCUGAUAAUAAUAUUAAAACACAAUUAUCAAAAAUAAAUCAAUAUCAAUCACAUCAUACAUUAUCAAUUAGAUCUUCAUUGCCUAGUAUUACAAAAUAUGUUCAAUUUUGUCUAUCCGAAGGAACUUAUGUAAGAAUUAUACCCAUGGGUAAUAUUGAUGUACAUGAAAAAGUUAAUUUAAGUUUUCGAUUACAUGCACGAUAUCCUGUUGUUAUUGAAUUUGAUAUUUAUCCAAUUGAUAUUUAUCGUCAAAAGACUGAUGAUGAUUUUAUUGGAACACUUAAUAUCUAUGAAAUAAAUGCACAUAGUAUCACUAUUGGAUCGACGAGUAGUACACAUACAGCGACUGCUGUUUCCUCGAGAACAUCGUCUGGUUCAAAAGAUUUUGAAAUCUUUGAUGGUUUACCAAAUAAUUCAUCUCCACGAAUGUCUGUCAGUGGACCUGAAACCAUAAGUAAUACUGGUGGUGGUGGUGGUGGUGUUGGUCGAUCCGGUUUUGAACGAUUGACAACUCAUAAUCUUGAUGAAAGAAAUAUUGUGUGUGCAAUUCGUAUUCGUCUGCCUAAAGCUGCUUUUCAGUUACCACCUACACAGUCAAAUAUGAUACCAGGAAUCAUGGAAGCAUUAACGGAGGAUAAACGUGAGCUUGCCGAAGCUCUCAAUAUACAUCCAUCUUUGAUGAAUCCACUUGUAAUUUCUCUAACAUCACAAAAACAGCAACGACAUAUGUAUUCUCAAUCAAAUACAUUUUUAUAUGAAAAUUCCAAAAUGAAUUUAUUGAGAGACCAUAACACGAAAUUAGAACAGACAAAACUUGAAAAUGAAACAUUAUUAAAAUGGUUAAAACGACAAAAUGCAUUUAAGAUAAAUCAAACUAUAGACAAUAUUAUUUCAGCAUUGAUACAUAUUGGUCGUGUUGAUUUAGCUUAUAUGUUCAAAAUUGACAAUUUAAGAUAUAAAUGCCAAAGUUUGUAA